AUGGAGAAGCUUUUCGCGCCGCCUCUCAACUAUUACGAGCAGGAGAUCGCCCUAGGUACGGCACAAGGCACUCAGCUGUAUAAUCCCAAGGCAAUCUACGGGAGGGAAGAAAGGUUCGAGAUCCGUCGCAUGGCGAACAGUAUGGAUUUUUGCAGGGAAAAAUACAUCGAAGGUGAAUCGGGCGCACGGCGACUACGAGUCCUCGCGCGGCGAAACAUCAGAAAGCGCUGGAAGAAGAUGGGCGUAUGGAAUUCUGCUUGGGGAAUUCCUUGCCGGGAGCCACCAGAGCCCAACGACUCGACUUUUUAUUGGAGAUGGGAGUGGCAGCACGGCGAGUUUGCCGCCGAAGCAACAUCCCUCUCCUCCCCAGCGGCAAAAACACACCCCAUCGCCAGUGCUCUUCUUUCACGCCAAGGGCUUCGAUUUGGAGAAUGCCAGUACCGGCCUCCCCUUUCUCACCCGACUGAGCAAACAUCGCCCAGCGAGGCAAUGUCUUUCAUCGCAUCUCGACCGUGCCCUCGAUUCCUGGCAAAAGAACCAGAUGCCAUGCCGCCCAAAGCUCUAACCGAGACCGGGGACCCAUCUUACACGAAGAGAAGUCGCCUUUCCGAAAAGAUCAGCGCCGUCGAGCCUUCGUCCAGCAUGAACAAGCCUCGAACCAAGACCGACACACCAUCAACUAAGCCAAGGGGCCGGCCUCCCAAGACCACCACCUUGCCCCAGUCUCCAUCUAGUAUACCUGAUGGCACUGCCCCCUCCAAGAAAGCCCAGGUUAAGCGAAGAGGACGGUCCCCAAAGGCGACGAGACUGACUAGAUCCCCACCCAAUAUACCCGAGCCUGUUCCCCUCCCGACAAAAACACAAGCCAAGCCAAAAGGUCGGCCUCCCAAGGCGGCCAGCCAGGCUCAGCCCCGGCCAGGCGCACACAAGACUGCAACCAAGACCGAGACAUCAGCGAUCAAGAGGAGUGGCCACCCUCCUAAUACGGCCGGCUGGACCCAGCGUCCAUCGGGGAUAUCUAAACCCAUAGCCAGAUCUAAAAAGAGCCAGGCCAAGUCGAAGGAGGGUCCUCUACCAGCCUUGCUGAUGGAAGACAAGCAGCCCCCGGGCAAGACGGCAGACCGAAAAACUGCGCGAGCAAUAGACAAGCCCGGAGAUGUCGUCCAGACAAAGAACACACCACCCGAGAAGGAGAACAGGCCAUCCCUGAAGCCGACAGUGGGAGCAGCCCCGCCCAAGAAGCGAAAAAGAGAUCAACACAAGAAGUCUGAUACACAAGGGCCUUUGGAUACCAUUGUGGUUCAGUUAAAUGAUUCAAUUGAGGCCCUGGGCAGGGACCAGACCGCACCCUUGGUUGGGUCUCGGCGAAGCGAGCGUAUAAAGGACCGGGAGAAGAAGAAACAAAGAACAGGCUGA